AUGGUGCCUGAUAUUCUGAAGCCUGAUCUGAUUGCUCUGGGUGUAAAUAUCCUUGCAGCUUGGUCACCGGUUGGAAGAGCUUCAGUUUACAGUGAGGACACAAGGAGUGUCAAAUACUAUGUAGACUCUGGAACCACAAUGUCUUGCCCACACGUAACCGGAGCAGCAGCCAUUGUGAAGGCUGCUUACCCACCAUAUGUUGUGGACCCAAAAAAGCACGAAAAUGAAAGAGAAUUUGCUUACGGGUCGGGUCUCCUCAACCCAACCAAGGCAGUUGAUCCUGGGCUAGUUUUUGAUGCAUCUGAGAAAUUUUAUGUUGACUUUCUUUGCAAACAAAGCUACAACACCACCACAGUAAGAAAACUUACAGGUGACAAAAGUGUUUGCCGGGGCAUCAAACCUGCUAGGGCAUGGGACCUCAACUACCCCUCCUUCUCUCUAGCUGUAGAAGAUGGCCAUGAGAUCAAGGGCAAUUUCCAUAGGACUGUUACAAAUGUUGGUGAACCCAACUCAACCUACAAUGUCAGCAUUGUCAUGCCUGAUUCUAUAAAGGUUAAUGUGGAACCAUCUGUACUUUCAUUCACUGAUGUUGGAGAGAAGAAAUCGUUCCGUGUGGAUGUCAAUGGACCACACAUAACUCAGGUUCCAAUCAUAUCAGGUUCUAUCACAUGGAAAAAUGGAAACCAUGUGGUGAAAUCCCCAUUGGUAAUUUACAAUGUGCUUCCAUUGUAUUCCUUACCAAUCCGCUAUAUCGCACACAGAGAUUAUCCACCCAUCAGACACAUAUAUCACCAGGCAAGAGAAGUUCUUUCCUACCUCACUAAAAUAAGAAUUGUCAAAGAAAAGAAAAAUAAGCCUAUAUCGCCCAGAGGAGGUGCGGAGGAUCUGGUACUCUGGUUCUAUCAUCUCUUAAUGUAGU